AUCUCUCUUUAUGUUAUCCAUAGAACCUACCUCUCUUCAAUUGUCUUCACUCUCUCUAAAAUGGCUGAUAAACCAGCAGAAGAGCAGCACCCCGUGAAGGCCUUCGGUUGGGCAGCUAGAGAUUCGUCUGGUCUUCUCUCUCCAUUCAAAUUCUCCAGAAGGGCGACUUGUGAGGACGACGUGAGAUUCAACGUGCUCUACUGUGGGAUCUGCCACACUGACCUUCACUGCGUCAAGAAUGAUUGGGGAUUCACCUCCUAUCCUCUUGUACCAGGGCAUGAGAUUGUAGGUGUAGUAACAGAGGUGGGAAGCAAGGUAACAAAAUUUAAAGUUGGAGAUAAAGUGGGAGUCGGGUGCCUGGUUGGUUCAUGUGGCUCUUGUGAGGGUUGUUCCAAUGACCUUGAAAAUUACUGUCCCAAAAUGAUACUAACCUAUGGUACCAUGUACCACGACGGAACCCCCACAUAUGGAGGCUACUCUAAUGAGAUGGUUGUCAGUGAGCGCUUUGCUGUUCGAUUCCCAGAGAACAUGCCACUUGAUGGUGGUGCUCCAUUGCUUUGUGCUGGAAUCACUGUAUACAGUCCCUUGAAAUAUUAUGGACUAGACAAACCAGGUACGCACAUCGGAGUUGUAGGCCUUGGUGGGCUUGGUCAUGUGGCUGUAAAAUUUGCCAAGGCUUUAGGCCUCAAAGUGACUGUCAUCAGUACCUCUGCUAGCAAGAAGGACGAAGCUAUAAAUCAUCUUGGUGCUGACUCAUUUUUGGUUAGCCGCGAUCCAGACCAAAUGCAGGCUGCAAUGGGUACACUAGACGGUAUCAUCGAUACAGUGUCUGCCUUUCAUCCCAUCAUGCCAUUGGUAAAUCUUCUUAAGUACCAUGGAAAGCUUAUUACAGUUGGAGCACCAGAAAAGCCACUAGAACUACAAGUGUUUCCUUUGAUUUUGGGAAGGAGAAUGGUGGGUGGUAGCAACAUUGGUGGACUAAAAGAGACUCAAGAGAUGAUUGAUUUUGCAGCAAAACACAACAUCACUGCAGAAAUUGAGGUUAUUCCAAUGGAUUAUGUCAACACAGCGUUGGAGCGUCUCCAAAAGGGUGAUGUUAGAUAUAGGUUUGUUAUUGAUAUCGGAAACACCUUGUCUGUUGCUUACUAGUAGUCUAUCAUUACUAGCAGCUAUCAACUCUUCUUAUGUUUCUCUUUAAGCUUUCCUAUGAUUCCUGGCUUGAAUCAACUUAAUUUGGAGUCUUGAGCUUGUUUGAAAUGCUUGUGUUUGUAUAUCGCUAAAAACUACUCAACGACUGCGUAUUACAUGAAUAAGAUAUGGUUUGUCAGUUUGAGAAAAA